AUGGAGAGCGUGGGCGCCGUGGAAGCCACCCUCUCGAGCGCAGCGACGACAAUCGCCCUCGUCCACCAGGGCAUGGCGACGCACAAGCUCGGCCGCGCCGGGACCAAGAACCUCCUGGGCCAGGUGGCCGACCGCGGACCCGUCGACGGCCGCCUCAUCGACCAGGCUAGGAAGGACCGGCGCACCGAGCAGUACGCGUACUACCUGCUGAGCGAGUACGCCCGGCUGCUGGAGUGGCUCGCGGACCAGCACUUCAGCGUGCCGGCCGCCGCGGUGAGCUGGUACGACCCGAGGCGCGUCGUGGUCGGCGCGUACCGCGUGCCCCUGGUGUUUGCGAACAGGCGCUCCCGCGAGCUGAAGGAGUUGGUGGACAGCAUCAAGGAGCUGGCCGGGGAGCUGGUGGCGGAGAAUAUCCAAGCCGCUGUGAAUGCGCUGCCGACUACGCUGUCGGGCGGCCCGCUGCUCAAAGAAGAUUUCACUGCCUUGGAACGUCGGACCGAGGCCGCGAGGGUGAGGGUGAAGAAUGGUACUUGA